AUGGAUCCGGCGAAGAUGAAAGUAGUGGAUCUUAGAUCCGAGCUUGGCGCCCUCGGUUUGGACACCAAAGGGAAUAAGCCGGCUUUAGUUGAAAGAUUGAAGAAAGCACUGGAAGCAAAGACAGGAAAAGUUCUUGCGGAUACAACUAUACUGGACACAUCUACAGAGGACAGUGACGAGCCGGCGACUCCGAGACGAGCUGUACCUGCUCCUAGGACCACUCGACGCUCCUCAUCAUCACGACUCGCUGCCACACCUGCUAAAGUACCUCCUCCGGUACGUGAAGAGCCACCUGAGCCUAUACCAGAGGAACCAAAGCCAGGGGAGCCAUAUUCUCCAAGUCAAGAGGACUCUGACAAUGACGCCCCGGCUAAGGAGGCAGCACCAACCCCUACACCGGCUCCUCAGCCGGUGGCGGCGCCCGAGCCGGCGCCUGCCCCGUCACCCGUGAAGGCCCCCGAACCAGUCGCAGCGCCAGCACCAGUCGCGGCGCCCGCUCCAGCGGCAGCACCAGCGCCGGCUCCCGCGCCAGCCCCCGUCCCAGCUCCUGUUCCUGCACCCGUCGCAGCACCGGCUGAAAAGGAAGCAGAACCUGAACCUGAAAACGAGAGCAUAGUGCCAGCAAAACAACCAGAGGCUGAACCAAUGGAUGUGCAAGAAAACCCACCACAAGCGAGUGAGGAGCCGGAAAAGAAAGAAGAGAAGGAAGGGGUUAAUGAGGAGAAAGAAGGAGAAGACAAAGAUAAAGAUAGCAAGAAAGAGCGUCAACUUACGGAAGAAGAGGAAUGGGAUCAGUUGAAUGAGCGUCUGCGUGUUCGUGAACAGGAGCGGUUAGAGAGGGAACGCAAGCAGGCCGAGGAUGACGCGCGACGCCUCGAGGAACUCAGCAAUGACCCAGUCAGGCUGAACCGUUUGAAGCGCAAGCAUGAAAAGAAGGCUCGGUGGAGUAACUUCUACAGGGCUAUCGAAGUCACUAAUGAAGUGCUUACUCCUCCCGAGGAGGCGCAAAUGAAGGAAAGAAAGGAAGCAGCCGAGGUUAAAGUGGCUGAACCAGAGAUUGAUGACAGCAAAAUCACAUUGUCUUGGUAUGACAGUGAUCUAAACCAGUACUUGGAGUUGCCGGCGUUGAAUGGUGUGAUCCCUCUCAGCGAUGGUGCCUUUGCGUAUGCUUGGGCUGGUACUCGGGCUACUCACGGCGUCGAUGCAGGAAAAGUCUGCUACGAGGUUCGUGUUGGCGCCACGGUCCUAACAACAGAAGGUGGCGAAAAAGAACAGAUCACCUCUGGACUGAGAAUAGGCUGGUCUACUGAAGACUCCUCACUCAAUCUUGGUGAAGGUGAGUUCAGUUGGGCGUACGAGAGCUCCGGUCGCGCCCUCACCAACAGCGAGUUCAAGGAAUACGGAAAAACUCUCAAUGAGAAGGAUGUCGUUGGUGCUUACUUGGACUUGGAAUCUACCCCUUGCACGAUUUCCUACACGUUAAACGGCGAGGAACUCGGCAAUGCGUUUGAGUUUGACAAGGCGGCACUGAACGGCAAACCUCUAUUCCCUCACAUCUUCACUAAAAACAUGUGCUACAAAGUCAACUUCGGUUAUGACAGGUAA